UUUAUUCAAGAGAUAUUUUUUGAGCGAGUACCACAUGCCAGGUGCUAUAGGAAGUGCUGGGAAUAUAGGUAUGGACAGAUCACUCUUGGUCCCUGCCUUCCAUUUCUGAAGAUGAAAUUCUGAAGCCAGGAUUUCAUUCAUUUGGCAAAAAUAUUCAGACUCAAGAUGGAGGCUUGAGGUGAGGGAGAGGCUUGUCGGGAAUGAUGCCCGUUUUUGUGGCAUGAGCAGCUGGGUACCAUUUACCACGGUGUGGAAGACAGAAGGACAAACACUUUGGGGAGGCAGGCUAUCUGGAGAUGAAUUGCUGGCCCAUCUUGUUAAGUCUGACAUCUAGGAAGAUGCCCAGGUGGCAUUUGUGGGUUCAGGUCCACAGGGCAGAAGCUGAGCUGGGGACGGGAAACUGGGAGUGGUUGGCAUGGAGAAAGCUUACCGAACAAGAGGAGGAAAGACCCCAGGAUGGAGUCCCGAGGACCUCAGAGUUAUAGACAUCGCAUAGAGAAGGGGCCAGCACAGGGAGCACACAGAGAGUGACUGGAGAGGCGGGAGGAGAUCUAGGGAAGUGGGGCACCAUGGAAACCGAAAGAGGAGAGUUUCAAGAAGGAAGUGAUCAGCUGGCAGUCUACAAGAUGGAGUAAGAUGAGUGUGCCCUGGAGAUGCGAGAUUUCCCUUUGGCAGCAGGAGGCACACCCCCAGAGAAUGCUGGAGCUGCAAGGGGAAAGGACCCACUUCCACAGCAGAGAAAAACAAAGAGGAAAAAGGCAUACAGGUGGCCAGCACUAAGGGACGCCCCCAGCGAGCAGCGGGCCACUGCCACUGCCCUCAGCAGCUCUUUCUGCUGCUGCCCGAGAGGAACUCGGUGAGCCCAUCCCUGUCUGUGACUGCAAGCUCAGGAUUUCAAUCAAUGCAUUCCAGUAACCCUAAAGUGAGGAACUCUCCGUCAGGAAACACACAGAGUAGCCCUAAGUCAAAGCAGGAGGUGAUGGUCCGUCCCCCUACAGUGAUGUCCCCAUCUGGAAACCCCCAGCUGGAUUCCAAAUUCUCCAAUCAGGGUAAACAGGGGGGCUCAGCCAGCCAAUCCCAGCCAUCCCCCUGUGACUCCAAGAGUGGGGGCCAUACACCUAAAGCACUCCCUGGCCCAGGUGGGAGCAUGGGGCUGAAGAAUGGGGCUGGAAAUGGUGCCAAGGGCAAGGGGAAAAGGGAGCGAAGUAUUUCCGCCGACUCCUUUGAUCAGAGAGAUCCUGGGACUCCAAACGAUGACUCUGACAUUAAAGAAUGUAAUUCUGCUGACCACAUAAAGUCCCAGGAUUCCCAGCACACGCCACACUCGAUGACCCCAUCCAAUGCUGCAGCCCCCAGGUCGUCCACCCCCUCCCAUGGCCAGACUACUGCCCCGGAGCCCACACCUGCUCAGAAGACUCCCGCCAAAGUGGUGUAUGUGUUUUCUACUGAGAUGGCCAAUAAAGCUGCAGAAGCUGUGUUGAAGGGCCAGGUUGAAACUAUCGUCUCUUUCCACAUCCAGAACAUCUCUAACAGCAAGACAGAGCGAAGCACAGCCCCUCUGAACACACAGUUAUCUGCCAUUCGGAAUGAUCCGAAACCCCUCCCACAACAGCCCCCAGCUCCAGCCAACCAGGACCAGAAUUCUUCCCAGAACACCAGACUGCAGCCGACUCCACCCAUCCCGGCACCAGCACCGAAGCCUGCUGCACCCCCGCGUCCCCUGGACCGGGAUAGUCCUGGUGUAGACAACAAACUGAUUCCUUCCGUAGGCAGUCCUGCCGGUUCCACUCCACUGCCCCCAGAUGGUAGCGGGCCAAACUCGACACCCAAUAACCGAGCAGUGACCCCUGUCUCCCAGGGGAGCAAUAGCUCUUCAGCAGAUCCCAAAGCCCCUCCACCUCCACCGGUUUCCAGUGGAGAGCCCCCUACACUGGGAGAGAACCCCGAUGGACUGUCUCAGGAGCAGCUGGAGCACCGGGAGCGUUCCUUACAAACACUCCGAGACAUCCAACGUAUGCUUUUCCCCGACGAGAAAGAAUUCACAGGAGGACAAAGCGGGGGACCCCAGCAGAACCCUGGGGUACUAGAUGGACCUCAGAAGAAACCAGAAGGGCCGAUACAGGCCAUGAUGGCUCAAUCCCAAAGCCUAGGGAAGGGCCCUGGGCCCCGGACAGAUGUGGGAGCUCCAUUUGGCCCUCAAGGACAUAGAGAUGUGCCCUUCUCUCCAGAUGAAAUGGUUCCACCUCCCAUGAACUCCCAGUCUGGGCCCAUGGGACCCGAGCAUCUGGACCACAUGACCCCCGAGCAGAUAGCAUGGCUGAAACUGCAGCAGGAGUUCUACGAGGAGAAGAGGAGGAAGCAGGAGCAGGUGGUGGUGCAGCAGUGCUCCCUCCAGGACAUGAUGGUCCAUCAGCAUGGGCCUCGGGGUGUGGUCCGGGGGCCUCCCCCUCCGUACCAGAUGGCGCCCAGCGAAGGCUGGGGGCCUGGUGGGGCCGAGCCCUUCGCCGAUGGGCUCAACAUGCCCCACUCUCUGCCCCCGAGGGGCAUGGCUCCCCACCCCAACAUGCCGGGGAGCCAGAUGCGCCUGCCCGGAUUUGCAGGAAUGAUCAACUCAGAAAUGGAGGGGCCGAAUGUCCCCAACCCGGCCUCUAGACCAGGUCUUUCUGGAGUCAGUUGGCCAGAUGAUGUGCCAAAAAUCGCAGAUGGUCGGAACUUCCCACCUGGCCAGGGUGUCUUUAGUGGCCCCGGCCGAGGGGAACGCUUCCCAAACCCCCAAGGGUUGUCUGAAGAGAUGUUCCAACAGCAGCUGGCAGAGAAGCAGCUGGCUCUACCCCCGGGGAUGAGCAUGGAGGCCAUUAGGCCCAGCAUGGAUAUGAACAGGAUGAUCCCAGGUGCCCAGCGACACAUGGAGCCUGGGAAUAAUCCCAUUUUCCCUCGAAUACCCGUCGAGGGCCCUCUGAGUCCCUCCAGGGGCGACUUUCCGAAAGGAAUGCCCCCCCAGAUGGGCCCGGGUCGGGAACUUGAGUUUGGGAUGGUUCCUAGUGGGAUGAAGGGAGAUGUCAGUCUAAACGUCAACAUGGGAUCCAACCCUCAGAUGAUACCUCAGAAGAUGAGAGAGGCUGGGGCGGGCCCUGAGGAGAUGAUGAAAUUACGCCCAGGGGGUGCAGACAUGCUGCCGGCUCAGCAGAAGAUGGUGCCCCUGCCCUUUGGUGAGCACCCCCAGCAGGAGUACGGCAUGGGCCCCAGGCCAUUCCUUCCCAUGUCUCAGGGUCCAGGCGGCAACAGUGGCUUGCGGAAUCUCAGAGAACCCAUUGGGCCCGACCAAAGGACUAACAGCCGGCUCAGUCACAUGCCACCACUACCUCUCAACCCUUCCAGUAACCCCGCUAGCCUCAACACAGCUCCUCCAGUCCAGCGUGGCCUGGGGCGGAAGCCCUUGGAUAUAUCUGUGGCAGGCAGCCAGGUACAUUCCCCAGGCAUUAACCCUCUGAAAUCUCCCACGAUGCGCCAAGUCCAGUCACCAAUGCUGGGCUCGCCCUCGGGGAACCUCAAGUCCCCCCAGACUCCAUCGCAGCUGGCAGGCAUGCUGGCGGGCCCAGCUGCUGCUGCUUCCAUUAAGUCCCCCCCUGUCUUGGGGUCUGCUGCUGCUUCGCCUGUUCACCUCAAGUCUCCAUCACUUCCUGCCCCGUCACCUGGAUGGACCUCCUCUCCAAAACCUCCCCUUCAGAGUCCCGGGAUCCCUCCAAACCAUAAAGCACCCCUCACCAUGGCCUCCCCAGCCAUGCUGGGCAGUGUAGAGUCAGGUGGUCCCCCACCUCCUACAGCCAGCCAGUCUGCCUCUGUGAAUAUCCCUGGAAGUCUUCCCUCUAGUACACCUUACACCAUGCCUCCAGAGCCGACCCUUUCCCAGAACCCACUGUCUAUUAUGAUGUCUCGAAUGUCCAAGUUCGCAAUGCCCAGUUCUACCCCUUUAUACCACGACGCCAUCAAGACUGUGGCCAGCUCCGAUGACGACUCCCCUCCAGCUCGUUCUCCCAACUUGCCAUCAAUGAAUAAUAUGCCAGGAAUGGGCAUUAAUACACAGAAUCCUCGAAUUUCAGGUCCAAACCCCGUGGUUCCGAUGCCAACCCUCAGCCCAAUGGGAAUGACCCAGCCACUUUCUCACUCCAAUCAGAUGCCCUCUCCGAAUGCCAUGGGACCCAACAUACCUCCUCAUGGGGUCCCAAUGGGGCCCACCUUGAUGUCACACAAUCCUAUUAUGGGGCACGGGUCCCAGGAGCCUCCGAUGGUACCUCAAGGACGGAUGGGUUUCCCCCAGGGCUUCCCUCCAGUACAGUCUCCUCCACAGCAGGUUCCAUUCCCUCACAAUGGCCCCAGUGGGGGGCAGGGCAACUUCCCAGGAGGUAUGGGUUUCCCAGGAGAAGGCCCCCUCGGCCGCCCCAGCACCCUGCCUCAGAGUUCAGCAGAUGCAGCACUUUGCAAGCCUGGAGGCCCCGGGGGUCCCGACUCCUUCGCUGUCCUGGGGAACAGCAUGCCUUCAGUGUUUACAGACCCAGAUCUGCAGGAGGUCAUCCGACCUGGAGCCACCGGAAUACCAGAGUUCGAUCUGUCUCGCAUUAUUCCAUCUGAGAAGCCUAGCCAGACACUGCAAUAUUUCCCUCGAGGGGAAGUCCCAGGCCGUAAACAGCCCCAGGGUCCCGGACCUGGGUUUUCGCACAUGCAGGGGAUGAUGGGUGAACAAGCCCCCAGAAUGGGACUAGCGUUACCUGGCAUGGGAGGCCCAGGGCCAGUGGGAACUCCGGACAUCCCUCUUGGUACAGCCCCAUCCAUGCCAGGCCACAACCCAAUGAGACCACCAGCCUUUCUCCAGCAAGGCAUGAUGGGACCUCACCAUCGGAUGAUGUCACCAGCACAGUCUACCAUGCCCGGCCAGCCUACCCUCAUGAGCAAUCCAGCUGCUGCCGUGGGCAUGAUUCCUGGCAAGGAUCGGGGGCCUGCUGGGCUCUACACCCACCCUGGGCCUGUGGGUUCUCCAGGCAUGAUGAUGUCCAUGCAGGGCAUGAUGGGACCCCAACAGAACAUCAUGAUCCCUCCACAGAUGAGGCCCCGGGGCAUGGCCACCGACGUGGGCAUGGGUGGAUUUAGCCAAGGACCUGGCAACCCAGGAAACAUGAUGUUUUAAGCUGCUAAGAUUGGAUGUGCCGAUCCUUGUCAAGAUGAGAUUCCAGGUCCUGAGAGCUGCUUUGAGGGAGUUCCAGGAGUACUGUUGGUCAUGCAAUAGGAGAACAGAGACCCGAGGGCUGCUUUGGGGGAGGGGGGAACUCGAGAAUGUAUGGAUUUACCUGAAAACAAAUGAUUCAUUUAAUCAACAGGUGUGUUUUUUUUAAGAUUUAUUUUUUAAAAAUUAUUUUUGUGGACUUGGGUAUCCCAUGAUGGCACCUACUUUUGGGAAUCUGUAGCUGUGCUUUGAGAAUUGCCAUCGGUCAUGUGUUGCACCGUUCUCUGUAUGUUUACGUCCUUUGGACUGGCUUCUCCCAGGAUUCUUUUCUGGUUUAUGUUUUUUGCUUUGGGCUUUAUUUUUUUGUGUACUGUACUAUAUUGUAAAAGGGAUUUUAGCAGAGACUUUAGUCUUUGGGACAAGAGGAGAACAGGAAUGCUGGGCUGUUUACUUUAGGUGGAGAAUCCAUCUUCAGACCUUUGGACUAUUUUCUUUCAACUCCAGUGUAUAGAAAAAAACCAAACUACGACCUCAGAGCAGAGUAUUAAUGAAAAGCACAAAAAAAGGAACUAAGUUCAGCGAGGGGUGGGGGGAGGGGGGAGAUUUUCUUUUUAAAAAUAAUGAAGCUUAGGACGUUUGUUUUUCAGUUCAAGUGCUCUCUGGCACUUGUCUGUCUCUCCCAGUCUACAAACCCACCUUCACGUUUUUCUCUCGGUUUCCCUCCCUUCUCCCUCCCCAUCUCCUUGGUUAAGUGUGUUUCCUUCCCCCGUGGCAUGCCAUGGAUGGGGAUGGAUGGAUGACCCCUUCUUUCCUCCUCUUUCCCUUUGGCAGCUGCAAUACACGGUGUUACUUGGGGGAAGUAAAUCUAAGGAAGAAGCCUCGCCUUCCAGGCCGAGUGUCGUCGGGGCUCCGGCUCCAGGAGGGAAAGGCCUGUGCUUGGGAUGCUCCAUGGUGUUCUUUCCCCUUUCUCUUCCCCAACAUGCCCUUCCCUGCCCACCUUGUUUUCUGUUCUCCUUUUAUUAGGAAUUCCCAAGUGAAAUUUAUCAAUGUGGGAGUGGAACAGAUGCUAAAAGCUAUCCAAGAUUUUGUUUUCGUUUUUGUUUUUAAUUUUGUGGUUCCUUCCCUUCCCUCCCCCUCCCAUGCGUAAAACGUUCUGUGUAACCUCCAUUAAAUUUGGUACAAACCACUCACCAGAGCUGUGGUGUCAGAAAAAUAAAAUAUAUUGUUUCUUACAAAA